GAUGAAACAAAGACUCACAAGUGGCUCUGCAGUUGUGUGUAGGUGUCACAACGGAUAUGGAGUAAUAUUGUGCGGAAAUAAAAUGGAAUGUCACUUGGGGCUAUCCUUCUCAAACACAUAUCGUGCUCAGGAAGUGUUAAAGUCGCCGGGAACUUGCGCAAUCCACAGGCUGCAUGUUGAUUAUCCGGCUCUAAGUUAUCAUUUCAGGGGGAGCACACAAGUUAUGGGACAUGAGCUAUAGAGUGGAUCCAUUCAAGCCUCAUAUAAUCCAAGGGGAAAUGUGCGCUUACUCAUAACACAAAUGUGGC